AUGCAGUCGCUGGACGAUGGAGAUGAGUUCCGGCUGCCGAUCGACCAUCGGAUCACGGAGAAUCUGGACCGCGAGGGGCUGGAGAUGGCGUCGUUGGAUAAGCCAAUCGCGUGCAGCAACGUGGGGUUCCAGCUGCUGCUGAAGAUGGGGUGGCGGGGGAAGGGACUGGGACGGAACGAGCAAGGCAUAGUGGAUCCGGUGCGAACGGAGAUGAGGGAUGCGCGGUUGGGGCUGGGCAAGCAGGAGGAGGAGGAGUGGUACACAGCAGAGGAGAACGUGCAGCGAAAGAAGCUGGAUAUAGAGGUGGAGGAGACAGAGGAGAUAGCGAAGAAGAGAGAGGAGGAGGCGGAUAGGGUGGAGAAAAUACGGGCAGAUGUGAAGGAAAUUCAGAGGGUGUUUCUGUGCGAGCUGUGCAACAAGCAGUACAAGCUGGCGAGCGAGAUGGAGAUGCACCUCAGCAGCUACGACCACAACCACAAAAAGCGAUUCCAAGAAACCAAGAAGAUGCAGCAGCAGGGGGUGCGGGACGAGAGGCAGCGGAGAGAGCAGCUGAGGGAGGAGAAGGAGCUUGCCCGAUACGCCAAGCUGUGA